AUGCGCGUGCGUCACGCUCCUUGGCACGCAGCUCUCCUUGCGCUCGCACUUGAAAGGUGCGCUUUGCUGUCUGCUGAGGCAGUAGCUCAUGCUCCGAAGCUCCUCAAAGUCCAGUUGCACAAGCACAAGCAGAAGCAGCAGCAGCAACAACAGCGAAGCUCCGAUCGAUCGUAUCGACUGAUACAUCAGCAGACUCGAGCUCAACGACGAGCGCUGGAAGAGACCGGCGGAGUCGAUGGCGAUUUUGGAGUGGGUGCACUGGCUAUGAGCUCGUCGUCGUUGGGCGUGGGCUACGGCACGCACUAUGCUGAGCUCUACUUGGGCAUUCCGACACAACGUGCGUCGGUGAUUGUUGAUACUGGCAGCCACGUCACGGCGCUGCCGUGCAGCACGUGCGAUGGCUGUGGACAGCACACGGAUCCGCUCUUUAACGUGUCCCGGUCGACAACAGCUAAAUACAUGGCUUGCCACGAAGUCGAUUCGUGUCUGUCGUGUGAUCAAGAUCGCUGCUAUAUCUCUCAGUCGUACUUUGAAGGCAGCAUGUGGCGAGCGGUAGUGGUGGAAGAGUUGGUAUGGGUGGGAGGGCUGUCGUCGCCUGUUAGUGACGAGAUGGAGGGGUUCCUCAGGACAUUUGGCUUUCGAUUUCCGCUUGGCUGCCAGACCACAGAGACUGGACUCUUUCUCACGCAAAAGGAGAAUGGUAUCAUGGGCCUUGGACGUCACAAGCAGACCGUCAUGUCGUAUAUGCUGAAGACAGGCCGCGUGCUGCAUAACGUCUUUACUCUGUGUUUUGCCAGUGAUGGGGGUGAGCUCGUGUUCGGUGGAGUGGACUACAGCCACCACACAAGUACUGUGGAUUACACGCCGCUGCGCGACAACACGUCUACCUACUAUCCGGUGCAUGUAAAGAACAUUCUGCUGAACGGAGUGUCGUUGGGCAUCGGCGUUGACACAAUCAACUCGGGCAGAGGCGUGCUUGUUGAUAGCGGAACGACAGACACUUUCUUUGACGGAAGAGGAAACCGCAAGUUCAUGAAAGCGUUCCGGCAUGCAGCAGGGGGUCGAGAGUAUAGUGACGAGCACAUGCGACUGUCUCACGAAGACUUGGCAGCUCUUCCGAUCAUAUCCAUCGUACUAUCUGGGAUGAAAGGAGAUGGCACUGACGACAUCCAGCUCGAUGUUCCUGCGUCGAAAUACCUUUCUCUCUCUGACGACAACGAGUCGUACGUUGGCAACUUUCAUUUUUCGGAGCGAAGUGGCGGAGUGUUGGGUUCGAGUGCCAUGGUUGGUUUUGAUGUGAUCUUCGAUGGAGAAAACAACCGUAUCGGCUUUGCAGAGUCAAGUUGUGGCAAAAGCUAUACGAAUGAACCCACUGUAUCGCCAACUGCCUCAAACACUACUGGCCAGCCACUACCUACAACUACAACACCGAUUGCUCCUGACCAGCAAGCGCCAGCUAAUGCCUCUAUCAAUAGCACCAGCAAUGGUUCAGCUGCGGAUGCAAACGCGACUGCAACGGCUCUGGCUGAUACUGGUGGCAGUGCUGGCGUAAUUGCUGGAGACGUGAACACAAGUGCAACGGCGCUAGCUGAUACUGUUGGCAGUGCCAAUAGGACCAGCAGUCCAUUCGCCAACGAAACGUCGAGGCAAGCGGGUCCUGAUAUUGGUGUGAUCAUUGCAGGAGUUAUCCUCAUUGCGCUGGUAGGCGUGGGGCUUGGUGUCAUGGUGUGGACAAAGUGGCGCAUGCGUUCGUGGUCCCGCAUUCCGAAGCGCGCGCACUUUGAUAUCGCAGAUUUGGACAGCAUACCUCUGUCGCGUGUGCCAGGAAGGCCGCUGUCUCCUCGAUCUCAGUCAGAUUCGAUUGCUUGGUUGCCAAAGUUCACGAUCGGAUCGAUCGAGGAAGAAGAUAGCGAUGAGCUGCGUGGAGAAGAAGACGAUGAAGGUGUUGACAUGUAA